CCAAUCAGAGAAACAGACGGCAUCAGUCGUGUCUGGGCUCCAGCGAGCUGCACUGUUGGUUCUUUACCAAGUGGUGAGAUCAGAUGAUACCGAAAAUAUUUUAUUUUUUGAAAAUAACUGAACCCGAAACACCGCUACGUCCAAGGUUUGUGUUGCGGUAAAGUUUGGAUUUUAGACAGCGAGUGAAGCUCCUACCGUCUCUCCCUACACCGUGUACACAGCAGGUGGAUGCCGUCAUGCCAUUUGGGUGCCUUGCCCUGCGGGAUGGGCGGAACUUAGACAACAUCUAUGAUGUCACCGAUAAGUAUGAGAUGGGACAAGUCCUUAAAGCGAAGGAGUUCUGUGAGCUGUGUAUGGCUAAAGACCGACAAACCAACAAGGUGUUCGUCUGUAAGAAGUUUCUGAAGAAGGACGGGAGGAAAGUACGCAAGGCUGCCAAGAAUGAAAUCCUGAUCCUCAAAAUGGUCAAACAUCCAAACAUCCUCCAACUGAUCGACACGUUUGAGACGCGGAAAGAGUACUUCAUCAUCCAGGAGCUGGCUACAGGCGGCGAUGUGUUUGACUGGAUUCUGGACCAGGGGAAUUACACAGAGAGAGAUGCUUCCAACGUGAUCAAACAGGUUCUAGAGGCCGUAUCCUACCUACACUCACUCAACAUCGUCCACAGGAACCUCAAGUUGGAGAACCUGAUGUACUACACAGAGAACAAUCACAACAAAGUGGUUCUGCGGGAUUUCUACCUGUCCAAGUUUGAGAACGGUUCCAUCACAGAACCCUGUGGAACACCGGAGUACCUGGCUCCUGAGGUUGUGGCCAGACACCGGUACGGUCGACCAGUGGACUGUUGGGCUGUCGGGGUCAUCAUGUAUAUACUUCUGUCGGGGAAUCCUCCGUUCUACGACGAGACAGAAGAAGAGAACACAGACCUUCACAACCGGAUCAUCUUCUGUCGUAUCGUAGCCGGGGAGUUUGAGUUUGACGCUCCUUACUGGGACGACAUCUCUGUUCCAGCUAAGGAGUUAGUGUGUAGGCUGAUGGAGGUGGACCAGAUGCUGAGAAUCACAGCUGCAGAUGCUCUGUUACACAAGUGGAUUGCUGGUAACGGGGCCUCGGAGAAGAACCUGAAGGAUGGAGUGUGUGCCCAGUUUGAGAAGAACUUUGCUAAAUCCAAGUGGAGGAAAGCGAUCAGAGUCACCACCUUCAUGCAGCGUCUUCGUGCGUCUGAGACUGCUGCAGCUGAAGUGGAGGCAGGAAGACACGGGGAAGGAAGGGGUGAGGACCAGGGGGGAGGAGGGCAGAGUGAGCGGGGAGUGGGGGAGAGUGAGGGAGGAGGGGUGACACCAGAGGUGACAGUUGGAACUAAUCCGGAGCGUGAGGAGAGGAACGGGGGAGUAGGGGUGAGGAGGUGGGGAGAGGAGAGGGGAGGAGGGGGGAGAAGCUCUUUGAGUCCCUCUGUAGGGAUUUCUCCUUCCGCCGAUAACGAACCGCUCUCCCAACCUCCCAAUCAAUCAAAUGCCAGCUCCAAACCUCUGGGGGACGAGCCAAAGAAGCCAGCCGUGAAGAAGACGUCAGGCAAAAUGGCCGCCGCAUUGGGUCAAACCAAAACAACAACAGAGACCAAAACACCUCCUACCCCCAUCGUAACCCGUGACCUCACCAAGCCCCAGGAACCCGUCACUGUCUCUGACCACGACACAGCAGCAUCAUCGUUGCCUAGCAAUGCCAAGAAGAAGCAACCAACCUAUGUCACUCCUGAGACUCCAACGACUCAACGACACAAGAUGGACGCCCAACUCCACAACAUGGGCCCAGGCCCUGCUGCUGCUACUACUACUACUACUACUACUACUACUACUGCUACUACUGCUGCAGCCAUAGCCCCACCUGCUCCUGCUGACAGGAAGCCGGCAGUGCAGGCUCCGGUAGAGGAGAAGAAGCAGGAUGACAGUUGCUGGUGUCAGACCCAGCUCCCUGAGUCUGUAGCUGAGAGGCCUGCUGGAGGUGGGGGAGUGGGGGGAGGAACUGGGCUUGGUGUGGUGUCCAUGGGGGGAGGAACUGGGCUUGGUGUGGUGUCCAUGGGGGGAGGAACUGGGCUUGAGAUGGGAGGGGAGGGGCAGGUACAUUUGGAGCAGGGUCAGGGGUACUUGGAACAGGGCUAG